AUGGAGGAGUGGAGGGAGUGGAGCGAGGCCCUGGUGGGCACUGCACUCUCGGCGGCGAAGCUGAACAUCCCCACCUCGGAGCUUGAGCAGAGCCUGCUGUGGCUCCAGGCGACGCUACCAAUCCGGCUGGGGGGCCUAGGGAUAAUUGACCCGGUCUCAGAGGCCCCGGCUGCCUACAUCGCUUCAGUGGCGGCUGCACACAAACUCCUGCUGCACAUGAACCUCCCACCGGACUGCCUGCUGCACAGGGCCUCUACCCUCUUGGUGCACGACUGGAACCCUCCGCCCCCUGACAUCAACCCGUUGGCUCCCCUGGAAGCGAGCCUCCCAGCUUCGGCGCGAGAGGCACUUGGUCAGUACCGGACGGAGAAACCAGGAACUGGUAACCUCCAACUCCGCCUGUCCAAGUGCAUCAACCAGCAGCGGGCGAUCGACCUAUUAGGAGACACAGUCACGGACCGGCCCGGCGCCAGAAGCGGGCACGCGAUCCGGCUGAUCAGUCUGAAGGGGACAGGGGCCGGGGAUUGGCUCCAUGCGGUGCCAACGAGAGCUGACCUUACCAUCUCCCCUGGUCAGUUCUCCUUGGCCCUAGGCCUCCGCCUAGGCAUGGAGCUCCCGGUAGCCGAAGUGUGUCCGUGUGCGACAAUUUCAGACAAGAGCCUCCCUAAUCACCUGCUGCGCUGCCAAGAUGGAGGGGAUGCGGUGAGAACACACAACGCACUUGUGUACGCGGCGCUGCGCAUGGCGGAUGAGGCGGGAUACAAGGUGUUCCACGAAACAUCAGCCUUCUCACCGCCCGUGCUCAGGAAGAGGGCGGACCUGGCCAUUCGGGAUGAGGAGUCGGGGGAGACCUGGGUGACGGACGUCACGCCGACAGAUCCAGUGCUGCAAAAUAGAGACCCGAGAGCGUGCAGGCCGCCUGGCUGGGCGGCAGAGGAGGCGUCACAGCGGAAGCACCGCCUGUACGAGGGGAGACCCAGCUACAUGGGCUUCUUUGGCCUAGCUGUUGAGUCCUACGGAGCGAUGGCAGCGGAUACGGCGCAGUUCUUCCGCAUGCUGGCCAUCCACGCGGCAAAGAAGAAGUUUAGGCAGGGCCGCCUCACCACCACUGCUGCCCGGCUUAACGCGCACUACCGACAGCGCUGGUCCGUGAUGCUGCAGCGGAGCCAGGCUAUCUCGCUGCUGUCCAAGUCCAACCGGGCAGCUGAGGCGGCGUUCCCACAGGCGGCGGCGGACCCCUGGGCCCCACGGCUGGGGGACUUAUGGCAGAUGACCCAAGACGAGUAUGAGGAGCGGGAGGCUCCUACAAACACCAUUUUCACCAUCGCGAUUCUCAUCUGCCUUCACAUCUGCUUCCCGAAUCCCGGGGUCUCAGCAAAACGACACAAGAUUAAAAGCCAUAAGAAUGUCAAGCUAACACCAACAAGCCGCGUUAUGAACUCUGGGCCAUCGAUGGUGUUUGAUGCUGGAGUCGAGGAUCAUAUGUCUAUUGAUUCGGACGGACGCGGAUUUUACAUAUUUGAGGACGACUCAGGAACUGCUCGUGUGCGAUCGUCCUCACGUUAUCCGACAGGAACAACGUUCUCCGGCGAUGUGAUGAUUCCUGGUGGUGCGACGAGCGGCAUUGUGUCAUCCUUCUACUUGUCCUCACUGGAAGGCAGCACCACCCAAGACGAAAUUGACUUUGAAUGGCUCGGCAAGAACAACAUGCAGGUUCAGACAAACUACUAUGUCAAUGGAGUUGGUGGACACGAGGUGGUCAUUGACAUGGGAUUUGACGCCAGCCAGAACUUUCAUACUUACGCCAUUACAUACGACGAUGACAGCAUUCAAUGGUUCAUUGAUGGCGAACUCGUGCGCACCGUCUUGAAAUCCACAAGCAGCAGUUUCCCGUCAAUGAACGUUUAUUUUUACUCCAGCGUAUGGAACGCUUCUUUCAUCAAUGGUGGCUCGUGGGCUGGAGUUAACAGUGACCCUACAAAUGCCCCUUACACCAUUACCGUCAAGAAUGUCAGCAUCCAGUAUAACUGGUAG